UGAUGCUCCUCAACAACCAACGGUUUUCACACAUCAAAGAUAGCUUCAAAUCAAAACCACUUAAGAAAUCUGAAAUUUGAGGAAAAGACAUCCAACAAUAUCAUGUCAGAUUGGUCAGCUGAAAAUGCCAAGAAGGCUUAUCUCCAAGCUCUCAAAAUGGCCAAAAGGGACAAAGAACCCGAUGUAGCCGAGUUCAUAUCAGCUAUUGCAGCAGGAAAAAAUGCACAACUCAUGGUUGUAGCCAGUGCCAGCGUGGCAGGUUCUGCCAUGCUAGCACUAGCUGCAGCCGCUCAACAAACACACGGUCGUGUGGUAUGCAUCUCACGUUGCCAAAACGAUUUACAAGAAUCCAAAAAAGCUUUAGGAGUACAUAAAGAUUGUGUUGAGUUUGUUGUAGGAGAUGCUAAAAGCCUUCUCUUAAAUGACUACAAAGGAGCUGAUUUUGUUCUUGUAGAUUGUGACAUGUAUAAUUCAAGAGAAAUUUUUCUAGCAGCAUUUAAAGGUGCCAUCAAAGAUGGUUCACUUGUGGUUGGAUAUAAUGUUAGGCAUAGGGCCUUAAGGUGGAGACAAUUAAGGGCAACAUAUUUACCUAUUGGAGAAGGGUUACUUGUGACCAAAAUUGAUCUUAAUUUGAAGAAGGAUAAUGAGAUUUUUGUCCAAAGAAAGAAGAGUAAUUGGAUUGUUCAAGUAGAUAAUUGCACCGGAGAGGAACAUAUAUUUAGAGUCACGUCUCCGAAUAAGAAAGUACAAAUCGAAGUUUAAGUCAUAAAUUGAUCGAUUGUGCUCGCAAUAUACUUUUUAACAUAUUUUAUGUUAUUAGAUAAAAUUUGUGCAGAGUUAAAUGAAAUUUAUCUAAUAAUAUGUAAGAGUAUAUUUUUAGUACUUAUGGAAAACGUUAAUUACAGGGUUUUGAAGAAUUGAAGUAUGCAAAAUAAUGCUGGAGGCAGAGCAAUUUCAUAUUAUGUUGUAUCUUUGGAUCGACUUGUAAAUGUAAAAAGUAAAAAAUA